CAUGCCAUCACUUCCUGUAAAAUUUUGAGAAAGACUUUGGAGGACUUUAACUUUGUUUAUUUAAAAUUUUUUGGUAAUGCUAUGCUUCUGAUUUAAAUUCCACUUGUAUGGACAACAGGGCAAGAAAAAGAAUCAGAGAUGCGCAAUCUAAAGCCAGACCAGAGCUUGACAGAAUACCAGAUGGGUGGUGUCAGUUUCAGUAUGCCAAUACGUUUGAUUUGAGUCAUGCCACAGUACAUGACAAUGUGGAGCGACUGGACGCCAGGUUCACUUCAAAAGAGGAGUUUGUGGAAAAGUAUGAGCGGCCGUACGUACCAGUGGUGGUGACCAACGCUCAGAUAGAAUGGGCAGCAGUCAAAAAAUGGACUGAGAGGAGACUGUCUAAGAAGUAUCGUAACCAGAGGUUUAAGUGCGGGGAGGAUGAUGAAGGAUAUUCUGUCAAACUAAAGAUGAAGUACUUUGUGGAAUACAUUGAUGAAAACAAAGAUGACAGUCCUCUUUAUAUAUUUGACAGUAGUUAUGGAGAGCAUCACAAGCGUAAAAAACUCCUAGAGGAUUAUGCUGUACCAGAUUAUUUCCGAGAUGAUCUCUUCCAGUAUGCAGGGGAAAGACGGCGUCCUCCUUAUCGCUGGUUUGUGAUGGGACCUGCCCGCUCAGGGACAGGAAUUCACAUUGACCCCCUGGGAACAAGUGCCUGGAAUGCCCUGGUGUCUGGACAUAAAAGGUGGUGCCUACUACCUACCAACACCCCAAAGGAAUUGGUGAAACCACGCCCCGGGGAAGGAGGGAAACAGAGAGAUGAGGCUAUAACAUGGUUUAAGUAUGUGUACCCAAGAAUUAAGGACCCCUCCUGGCCCAAAGAAUAUGCCCCAUUGGAGAUUCUUCAGCGGCCAGGAGAGACCGUGUUUGUUCCUGGAGGGUGGUGGCAUGUUGUCCUGAAUCUAGAUAGCACUAUAGCUGUCACCCAGAACUUUUCUAGUGUUGUGAACUUCCCUAUAGUGUGGCAUAAAACUGUACGAGGGAGACCCAAGCUAUCCAAAAAGUGGUACAAAGUUCUCAAGAAAGAGCGUCCAGAUGUUGCCGCCCUUGCUGAUAAAGUAGAUCUGAACAAACCGACGGGGUUUAACUCGGACAGCUCGAGUUCUGGUUCGUCGAGUUCCAGCUCCAGUGAGUGCAGCACGUGUGAGAGCUCAGACUCAGAGGAAGAGAAACAAAAGUCAAAAACCAAAAGACGGAGAACCAGUAAGCAGAGGUCAAUGACCCCGAAUGGCAGCCAUCGGAGGAGAUCUUCGUCAUCCUCUGACGAAGAGCGACAGAAAACGAGUAAAAAGACAAUGUUGACCCCUAACGGCAGCCGACGUAGACGAUCGUCGUCAUCUUCCAGUGAUGAGGGACACAGUCAUCGCAGCAUCUCCAGUACUCCCAAAAACUGUAGAUGAUGAUAGCUGACCUAGGCACCUAUAGCAGCAGACUUACUGAAACCAUGAUACACCAAACCGAACCUUCAACUGAGUAAUAUCAAAGUGGUUAACAUGUGUAGUGUAUUGAUGAUACAUUGAAGAGUUUGCUAGAUAAUGCUUCCCCUUUACGAUUUAAUCACUGCUUUACAUGUAUUACUGAAUUAGAAAGUUAAGGAUUUUUCUUCCAUACUUGGACUAAAUGUAGGUGAGGGAUUAAAGUUUCCAUGUCUGUUGUAAUUUGUAAAAACCAAGCCAAUGAUAGUGUUCAUUCUCCUUUUCCUUUCUAUCAGAUGGAAGCCAUAUUGUUUUAAAUCAUGUUCAUCAGCCUAUUUCCAUUCACUGUAUAUUCAUAAUGUGGGAAAGUUAAAACAUUUUGAUCAUGUUAUUGCUUUUGAAUUCUAUUUAGAGAAGAUCUUGAUGAGAUUUUGGAUGUUUAUUUGUUACACUAUUUUCUUUUAUAAGUGAGGAUUGUAAAUUGUAAUCAAGAAGAUUUUU